ACACAGAAGGCUGUUAACUGUAGAGGUAUUUGGAGUUGAGAUGCAUUUGAGAUCUAUGCCCGUUGCAGGCUGCUCGUACCCACCCACGGCAAUGGGCCAUUUGCUAAUUUCAUAGCGAGAGCGAGAUAUGGAUAUUAAAAUACCCACUCGGAACAAAAUGCAGUGGGUUCGAGCUGGCUCCCCGAGUGGCGGAUCGCGGGACCUCCUCAUUUAAGGAACAGUCUGCGCUGGCGAAUCACAAAGUGUUGUAAUCUAUUGCCUUUGUCUGACAAGCCAUCCGUCUUUCUAAAGAGGAGUGGAGUGGCUGAAAGCCUCGCAAGGGGGUUUAGAGAGAGAGAGAGAGGGAGAGAGAGAGAGAGAGAGAGAGAGAAAAACACGCAAGGCUUCGGGUUAUAUUAUUUUGUGCACUUCCAAACCAGCAUCGAGUUAACCAACAGACGUUUAAUUAAAAAAGACGAGACGGCGGACUCGAACCCGUUCAUUUCUUUAACGCUGGCGUUCAUGGAUAUACAUUGCAAGACUGAUCCCUUCUCGGCAAUGCACAGUUGCAGUUCUACCUGGGAUGAGUUCAGUUGUGUGUGUUUUGCAGGGCACGGGGGUGUCAAUCAGCUGGGAGGAGUGUUUGUGAAUGGCAGACCCCUACCUGACGUAGUGAGACAGCGCAUUGUGGAGCUCGCACACCAAGGAGUCAGACCCUGCGACAUCUCCAGGCAACUGCGAGUCAGCCACGGUUGUGUCAGCAAGAUUCUAGGCAGAUACUAUGAAACGGGCAGUAUUAAGCCCGGUGUUAUUGGCGGAUCGAAGCCUAAAGUCGCAACCCCGAAGGUGGUGGAUAAAAUAGCUGAAUACAAGCGACAGAAUCCGACUAUGUUUGCCUGGGAGAUCAGAGACCGGCUCUUGGCGGAAGGCAUAUGUGAUAAUGACAGUGUACCAAGCGUCAGCUCCAUUAACAGGAUUAUACGGACCAAAGUGCAGCAGGCGUUUCAUCCCUCACCGGAUGGCCCCCACACACCAUCUUCUGCUCCAGGCCAUACUAUAGUCCCCAGCACACACUCUCCUCCUGUCUCCUCUGCCUCCACUGACCCUGUAGGAUCCUACUCCAUCAACGGAAUUCUGGGAAUCCCGCGAUCGAACGGGGAGUCCAAGAGGAAAAGAGAGGAAGUUUGUGUCCUCUUUCUGGUAGAUGCCCAGGAUAACUCCGGCCCGAACGGUGACUCUCAGGGAAGUGCGGACAGUGUGCGGAAGCAGCUGCGUAGCGAAGCCUUCGCCCAGCAACAACUUGAGGCUCUGGAACGUGUCUUUGAACGCCAGCAUUACUCUGAUGUCUUCACCUCUGCUGAGCACAUUAAAUCAGAACAGGCUAACGAAUAUUCCCUCUCUGCGCUGACCUCUGGAUUAGAAGAUGUGAAAAACAGCCUAUCAGCCGCAGCCACUCCCGACCUGGGCAGCAACGUGUCAGGACCCCAGAGCUACCCGGUUGUGACAGGCGCUGACUCACGCUGGGGUUAUGGUUCCACAGGCACACGUCGCCCUGCAGUACCUCGCCCAAGUGACCACUCUUCAUGUGUCAGGCUAGACGGGCGUGACAUGGCAAGCACCACUUUACCUGGUUACCCUCCACACGUCCCGCCGACUGGCCAGGGCAGCUACUCCACCUCUACACUGGCUGGCAUGGUACCAGGCAGUGAAUUUUCGGGUAAUCCUUACACCCAUCCACAGUACACAACCUACAAUGAAGCCUGGCGUUUCACCAAUCCAGGAUUACUAAGUUCCCCUUAUUAUUAUAGUGCCGCAUCCCGGGGUGCUGCACCUCCCACCCCUGCCACUGCCUACGACCGCCACUAGUUAUUAUGGCAACCACACCAAACUGCAGGACGACACAACUGGGCUCCACAUUGUACCAGUCUGACCAACCUGAGUGGGGAUAAGGAAUCGUUAAUGAACAACAACAUCAACAAAAACUUUUUAACAACAAAAAAAAACAACUGUGA